UUCAAUUAAUCGUUCUUUUAAGAAAAGAACUAAACCACUAUUUCUCUUCUCUCUCCCUAAUCAACUAUCAAAAUCUCUCAAAUUAAGGAAAGAAGCAAGCUCGAACUAAAGUAAAUAUAAUUAGUAUCAAAGUAUAUAUUAAAAUUAGAAGAGAUGGGGAGAGGAAAAAUUGUGAUUCAAAGGAUUGACAAUACAACAAGCAGGCAAGUGACUUUCUCAAAGAGAAGAAAUGGACUGCUCAAGAAGGCUAAAGAGCUAGCAAUCCUUUGUGAUGCUGAAGUUGGACUCAUUAUUUUCUCCAGUACUGGAAAACACUAUGAAUUUUCCAGCAACAGCAUGAGGGCUAUAAUUGAUAGAUACAACAAGAUGAAGGAGGAGCAUCAUAACCUCAUGAAUCCUAUGUCAGAGGUCAAGUUUUGGCAAAGGGAAGUAGCAAGUUUGAGGCAACAACUGCAUUACUUGCAAGAAAAUCACAGGCAGCUUCUGGGGGAAGAACUUUCUGGACUCGGAAUCAAAGAUCUAACAAAUCUUGAAAACCAACUUGAAAUGAGUUUGAAAGGCGUUCGAAAGCAAAAGGAGCAGAUUUUGACUGAUGAAAUCAGAGAACUAAAUCAAAAGGGCAAUCUUAUUCAUCAAGAAAAUAUAGAACUCUAUAAAAAGGUAAACCUCAUCCGACAAGAGAAUACAGAAUUGAAGAAAAAGGUUUCUGAACAAGGAUUUGGAAGUGAACCAAAUGGGGGUGUUCAGGACACACAUGCAAUCAGCAAUGGAUAUGAUGUACAUGCACCAAUUAGUCUCCAGCUAAGCCAGCCACAAACACAGAAGAGUGAGACAUCAACAAGCAUCAUGCAGCUUGGGUUACAACUGCAUUAGACAGAAGACUGACAGCUCUCUGUUUU